AUGUUAUCGUUUGAUUGCCUCGACGAGGUGCGUCGCAUGAACAAGAGGCAGCUUUAUUACCAGGUGCUGAACUUUGGCAUGAUAGUUUCCUCUGCUUUGAUGAUCUGGAAAGGUCUCAUGGUGGUCACUGGCAGUGAGAGUCCCAUCGUUGUGGUUCUCAGUGGCAGCAUGGAGCCAGCAUUCCACAGAGGAGACCUCCUCUUCCUCACCAACCGGGUGGAGGAUCCCAUCCGAGUGGGAGAAAUCGUUGUCUUCAGGAUAGAAGGCCGAGAGAUCCCAAUAGUACACAGAGUGAUAAAAGUUCAUGAAAAGGAAAAUGGAGACAUUAAGUUCUUGACCAAAGGCGACAAUAAUGCAGUGGAUGACCGAGGUCUGUACAAGCCGGGACAACACUGGCUGGUGAAGAAGGACGUGGUGGGACGAGCGCGGGGGUUUGUGCCAUAUAUUGGAAUUGUCACAAUCCUAAUGAACGACUACCCCAAGUUCAAAUACGCCGUUCUCUUCAUGCUGGGCCUCUUUGUGUUAGUCCAUCGAGAGUGA